AUGGGAUCCGCUGAUCAAAAGCCUGUCCUUCUCAACAAAGCAGCUGAAGGCAUUUCGUACUUCACUCCAGCCCAAAUCCCGGCUGCUGGCACCGCUCACGACCCUCAGUCCAGCGGCCAGCCUGUGCCGAAACUCUUCCAGCCGCUCACCAUCCGCGGUGUCACCUUCCACAACCGGAUCUUUCUGUCUCCUCUCUGCCAAUACUCGGCUCAGAAUGGGUAUCUGAAUGAUUGGCAUGUGACUCACCUCGGAGGAAUUCUUCAGCGCGGACCUGGACUCACCCUUACAGAGGCUACUUCAGUUACACCCGAAGGUCGCAUCACCCCUGAAGAUAGUGGCUUGUGGGAAGACGGGCAGAUAGGCCCUCUGAAAAGAAUCGUCGAGUAUGCUCACGGCCAGAAUCAAAAGAUCGGUAUUCAGCUCGCCCACGCGGGCCGCAAAGCUUCCACGGUCGCUCCUUGGUUGAGUCUGGGGGACACCGCCCAGAAGGAGGCUGGUGGCUGGCCUACUGAGACUGUCGCACCCAGCGCCAUUGCUUUCUCACCAUCAUUCCCCCAUCCCAACGAGCUAACGCCCGAGGGUAUUGUGAGAAUCAAGAACGCGUUUGUUGCCGCAGCCAAGAGAGCUAUCAAGGCCGGGUUUGAUGUGAUUGAGAUUCACAACGCCCAUGGAUACCUUCUUCACGAGUUCUUGAGCCCGGUCAGUAAUAAAAGGACCGACAAAUACGGCGGAUCAUUUGAAAACAGAACCCGGCUUACUAGGGAGAUCGUCGAAGCCGUUCGAGCCGUCAUCCCGAAAGAGACGCCGCUGUUCCUUCGAAUCAGCGCAGACGACUGGCUUAAGGGGCAAGAUGAGUUCCCGGAGAGCUGGACAAUUGAAGACACAGCCAGGUUGGCGCCAAUUCUGGCCGAGCUCGGUGUCGACCUACUGGACGUAAGCUCUGCCGGUCUUCACCCAUCCCAGAAGAUCAAGGGCGGUCCGGGAUAUCAGGUUCCAUUUUCUCUUGCUGUCAAAGAGAAGACCGGAGAUUCUCUCGCUGUAUCGGCUGUUGGCAGCAUCACUACCGGGCCGCAGGCUCAAGAGAUUCUGGGGCAAGGAUUGGAUGCGGUAUUUGUGGGCCGCUACUUCCAAAAGAAUCCCUUUCUGGUGUGGACUUUUGCCGAAGAACUUGGGGUUGAAAUACAGCUGCCGCACCAGAUCGAAUGGGGCUUUGGGGGUCGCGCAGGCGGUAAAGGCAAGCAUCAUGCAAAGAACUAG